AUGCCAAACUCAAUGCCGAUGGGUGGGAUGAGUGAUCGGUGUGUGCUGGCCUGGCUACAGGCGAACAAGGACACAACUAAACUUGGGAUCGGUCAGGAGUGGAUCAUCAACUCGCUGCGUGGUGUCUACGUCGAGCAUGGCCUGAGCAUAUUGACCUACCUGCACGAGUGCACAGAUCUUAGUGGGAUCGAAUAUGCCGGGGAGCUCGUCUUUCAGCUGUUGUUCGAGGAAGAGGGCACUUAUCAUGCCUUGGUAGUAGGCUUGGUGUUCGUGCGUGUGUUGGAGAGCUUCAACCUGACCUAUCGGCUCCGGACACUUUACUUCGGGGAGCUGUAUCAGCAGUUUCUUGACCUCUUCUGCUCUCCCUCGUUCCGCUCCCUGCAACCGAGGUCUUUCCACACACUUCUCGUGUACAGCUUCGGCAUGACCGAACGUGCCACCUAUGGAAUGCAGCCAUUUAUCGAAAGAAGUGGCAGCCACUUGUAUGCUGCGCUCUUCGUCUUCAGCGUCUUUAUGGUCACGAUUAUCCUGAGACUUGGCGGAGCAGAAGGCUCUGUCUCUCUUGCCUCGCGUUCUCGGGCUGUGGUGUCAGUGCAAGCUGGACUUUUUUGA